GGACCGGUUCUUGGGAGGGCUCCAGAUCGCCGCUGGGGUGAGCGGAGCAGCUGCCCUGAGCGAUCCCAAGCCCUCAAUCUUCAUACCCUGCUGCUAGAGACCACACUCUAGAAGGACCCUCCUUUGGAUACGAGCACGAACCAAGCCUGUCAUACCUGGAGACAGACCGGGCCACUGCCCUCAACAUACCUACACACAAACUCCUUCCUUGUAGCGGCAAACUGCGGGUCUCGCACAGUUUCAGGGUGCUUGACGUAAUCACUACAGCAACCAAUCACAAGCCUGUUCUGAAAACAGUGCGAGGGAGUGGACACUGUAUUGGUGGUGGUGCUUUGUCAAUCUCAGCAGAGGCACCUCCUUUUUUCUCUUAGCAACGGAAGCGUCAUAGCAACAGCCUGAGGCUGCGGUUUGCGUACCGAAAGAGAAGUCAAACUCCAUCUCCAGAUCUCAAGGAGUUUUUCUCCAGGGUGCUGCAAAGAGGCCUCUUUUCCCUCCAGUUCGGCAGAUGUCAGCUUAAAUCAGAGCCAUGGCUCCAAAAUCUCCAAAACAAAAAAGCCCAGGUGGCCGGAAAAAGGCAAAACACAGUAAAAAUAAACCAACGCUACCUGUUAGAGAAGAAGCAGAACCUAUGAAUAUGGAGAGCAUGGGUCAUCCAGAAAUUUAUCCAUUAUUGUUAACUACCAAGACCCAGGAAAUAUUUAACUGUCGAAUAGAUGAAGAUAUCACAGAUGAGCAACCUUAUAUACUUAUCAAAAAAGAAGCUAUUUUUGCAGACUUUGAAAACAGAGGUGCAAUAUCUGACUUCCACCCAGUCAAAAAAAUUAUCCAGGAAUAUCCUGGAGAUGAGCUUCUGGUCGUUUAUGACAAAGACUUCAAAUAUGGACUUAACUUUUACCUUAUUGGAACUGAAGAGGGCAAGGAAAACUAUUUAAAUGCCCCACAAGUACCAGAAGAACAGGAAGAAUAUAAAGAGCACAUUCCUGAAGACUUAUUUGUUUAUAAGCCUCCUAUCUCUAAACCAUGGGUUUCUUUGGGCAGUGAAAAAGAAAUUGAGGCAGAAUCGGUUAAAGAAUCUACAAAGCAGAUUACGUAUAUGAUUUCUCGACAAAGAAGUGAAUUUGGUGCACCAGUUCACUUCAGUGACCAGAAUGCUUCCAGUGUAAAAGAUGCCUAUACUGAAUGUACAGCCUACCCAGAUAAAAAUUUUACCCUUAAACAACUUGAGAAAGAUGUUGGCAUGCAAGCAGUUCCCAAAGUCAAGGACACAAGUACUCAGACAAGAUGGCCAUAUCCCAAAAAUGCUACUACACAAUAUUAUCCAAGAGAAUUUUCAGAAGGGGAAAAGGAGACACUCGGACAAUCAAAGUCUUUGAUUGACUUUCUUAACAACGCAUCCAUAAGUGUUGAAAUAGCCUUGCAACAAAAUGAGAUCAUGAACACAUUUAUUAAUGACUGGAGAUGCCUGGCAGAAGAUGAAGGCACCUUUGAGGACAAGACUGAUACCCACCUGAAGGAGUACCAGUCCUUCACCGACCUUCACAGCCUAACAGAGAAAAUGAUCACCUGCGUCUCCUGGCAUCCGACUAUCUAUGGGCUCAUGGCUGUGUCAGUGGCUGUACGACUCUCCUUUGAAGACAGAGUCCACUUUUCUGGUAAAUUAUUGCUGCAGCCAUCACUGAUUCUUUUCUGGAGUUUCUCUGACCCCAUUCAUCCUCAGUUAAUGCUGGAGAGCCCAGAUGACAUCUUCUGCUUCCAGUUCUGUCCGAGUAACCCUAAUAUCAUUGCUGGAGGCUGCAUAAAUGGACAGAUUGUCAUGUGGGACAUUACUGCAUAUGCAGACCGCAUAGAAAACAUCAAGACGGGUGGUAGUGGAAGUAAAAAAGUCACACUCAAGCCCAUGUUUCUUCUUGAACCAGAGAGUAAUAAAGAAGCAACGUAUAUCAGACACUGUGCAGUAUCCUCAAUAGAAAGUGGUCAUAAGAAAGUAAUUACAGAUAUACAUUGGCUGUCUGACACCUUUGAGAUUGACAGACUGGGUUCUGUCUUUGAGAAUCGAAGUGGAUUGUGCUGUCAACUUGUCACGUGUUCAGCAGAUUGCACAAUAUGUUUUUGGGAUAUCAGACCACAGAAAGCUUUAACCCCUCAACCAACAGAGAAAAAGAAAGAAGAAAGUAUUGAAAUUCCUUUUGAUGUACCAUCUACUUUUUUGCAUCUAGAUCUCUCCUGGAAACCUCUCAGUAAGGUCAGGCUAUCUAAAGGUGAAACAAGUUUAGACCACUGCCCAACCAAGAUAAGCUUGAGUGAAGACCAUCUCCUUUACAGAACACAAGACAAAGUGUUAUCUCAGAGCAAAGCCAUAAAGGCAGAAGAAAUAAAACCAUACCAGAAUCUGGAAGGUGGGUUGGUCAAUCAUCUCAAGCCAAUAGAGGAUUUCUGCACAAAGUUUUUUGUGGGAACAGAGGAAGGUGAAGUGAUAUAUACAGAUUGGAAAGUGGAAAGAGACCCUGAAACUGGCCGAUUUAUGACAAAGAAGCCAGCGAACCUCUACACUGUCCAUGAUGGAGCUGUGCACACUGUUCAGAGGUCACCUUUUUACAAGGACAUUAUUCUCACUAUCGGGGGAUGGAAUGUGGCCAUCUGGAAAGAAGGUGUGAUGACUGGACCCCUCCUUCAGUCAUCCUGUGCACCAAAAAGGUACACCUCAGGGCACUGGUCCCUGACAAGGCCAGGAGUGUUCUAUAUUGGCCGAGAAGAUGGAUCCAUCGAUAUCUGGGAUCUUCUGGAGAAAACCCACGAACCAGCCCAGUCACAAAACAUCUGCAUCAGUAUGAUCACCUGCAUCAAACCCCGGACUUUCUCGGCUAAGCAGCAAUUUAUAGCCAUAGCUGAUUAUUAUGGAACACUGUAUAUAUUGGAAAUUCCUUGGACAUUAAGUCACCCUUCCACCAAUGAGGUAUCGAGCAUCAACCACUACUUUGAAAGAGAAGUCAAGCAUCUGGAAUAUGUAGAACAGCGCAGGAAAAUUCGUGAACAAGAAAAGAAAGAAAUGGAACUGGAAAUGGAGAAGAAAAAAGUUAUAGCAUACCAGAAGUCAAAAGAGCAAUUGGAGGCUGAGCUGAAAAUGGACUACGAGAGUUAUCUGGAACUGGAAAAGACCGUCCUCGUCAGCCUCGGUCUAAUCACAGCAUCUGAGACAACGUCAUAAACAGACAUGAUACAGAGAAGCUCUCUGUAGGAGGUCCUGUGGGCUUUGUGGGACUUUUUUUUUUUUCUUUCUAUUCAUUAUUUUUUAUGUAAGGUGAACUAGCAAACUAAAAACAUUUAACAGGUUUAUUUAUAAGUAUUAGGCUUUUAUUUCACUAUUAAAACUUUUGA